CCCAAGUUGACUGGUGCUAGACAAUACAAAUAGAAGCAAGAAACACUAAGUUUUCUAUUGGCUCGUCUUUUCAAUGAUCACUUGUAUUUGUUCAUCCCCAAGAUAUUGGGGUAGUAUUUUACGAUAUUCAACUGGUUUUCAACCCCCUCCAAAAAAGCCCAUACUAUUUCUUUGCGUGUAAAUUAAUAUCAACAGAUACUCAUACGCUAACAAGCAUAUUUUAGUUGGAGGAUGACUCGUUUUGACCUUGCAAUCUUCUCCAACGACAAUACGUUUUAUGGAUUUUCGGCAGUCUGCAUUUGGACAGAUGAUAAAUUCAAUAUUUCAGAGGCGGCUCUUGAAAAGGCGCGUCAAAAAGCACUUCUUUUUCUUCGUGUCUCGACCGCGUCCCACAUCAACAUGGCAGACGAAUUCGACUACGACUUGAUUCUUGAUGAUCUAGAUCCUUUUGCUGACAAUACAAACACAGCAACUGAAAAUACAACUUAUGAUCCGCUUGGACCCACCAAUGCUGGAAGCAAGCGCUCGGCGGAUGACGAAGCCGGACAAACGGAUACGAAGCGUAGGAAAGAGAGAACACGACUAAAACCUUUGGAUGCCGAUUUGUUAUUGUCAGCAAACGGCCUCUCAAAAAUACGUCACCAGGCACCUUGGAUACAGUUUCAAGGAAAAGGUUUCGAAGAUUCAGAUUUGCGAAAGUUAAUGGAAUUCUAUCAAAUGUGGGCACACAAGCUGUAUCCUCGUCUACGAUACAAGGACUUUGUAGAAAAAGCGUACAAAGCAUGCACACACGCUCGUUGCAAGGUAACGCUGGCUGAAUGGCAAGAUGAAUAUUAUCAAAGCAAGCGAAAACCAGACGAUCUAGUAUCCACUGAACUAUCUGGAAUGACUCUGGAAGAUGAGGAAAAUGAGCGGCGGCAAGUCUCGGAUGACGAUACCGAUACUUCUGAGGACGAAACAGUAACACGACAAACCCCACAAUCAUCCGAAAGAGUUACAGACGACAAAGAUAUAUUUCCAGAGGAUAAUACGGGCCAUGAUCACAGUAGUAGUGAUAAUGACGAACCUCUAUUCGCAAGCACAUCCCGAGAACCAUCAACUUCAUCAAACUCGCAGCAAGAUGUCCAGGCAAAGAUACGAGCGAAUCGAGAGGCGGCCUUAGCCAAACUAGCCGCUCGAAGAAAAGCGGCACAAGCCUCCAAAGAGCAAGAACCAUGAAGUCGUUUUUGCUCGGCAUCACUGCAAAAGAACCCCUAUCACAUGGAUAAUGUGGAAUUUAAAACAGUUGCGCGAGGGAUAACUUAAUCUCGUUGCGUUGAUACAAAUGUAAAUACAAAAAGAUAACCAUGCUACAUCAAACCUUAUCAGAGAAUUGUUAUAAAUAUGAACCGACGUAUAAGCUGCACCAUGGCACAAGAAGGCAUCGUGCGAAGGUUGAGUUUCAAAUUGAUGGUGACAAAAUU